GUGCAUUUACACCGAGGAACACGCGCAGAGAGGCGUAGCUGUGCUGCUGGGAACCGCUCUUCCCGCAGGACUCCCGGCCAGGUUCCCAGGCAGAAGACCCGGUUCGGGGUCAGCUAACACCACGGACGUCACCGCCAUCGUCUCUGCGGGCUCAUGGAUUCUCAGUGUCUCCUUCUCGCGUGACAUGGGGAGAGACGCGGCUGCGCCUCGUCGAGAGUUCCAGGUCCUGCCGAGUGGGUUCUCCCGUUCGGAGGCAGCCGCUGUUCGGUGAAACGACCAGCGUCAGGGGAGACGGCAUCCCCUGCCUUUGCCAAGCCUCCUCUCCCUCAUCUUUCUCCUCCUCCUCAGCACCGGGGCGGUGCUGCCCUGUGCCUAGUCCCCGCCUGCCAACUGGCGCUCCGUGACCAGUUCUUUCCUUCUGCUUCUGAACACCUGCCUGCCCACUAAGGUGCUGCAGAGGGAACAGAGGUCAUCGGAUACACGGAUCGGCCACAAGGGCUUAGCGUGGGCACUGACCACGUCUGUCUAGUUGGCCGAACGCGGCGUUUUCCAUAUCCUGGCGCUCGGUGCUUCCUGCACCCUGGCUGCUCAGCUCCUUUCUACGGACUGGGAGCUUGGUAAAUAUUGGAUCUGGGAGUAACUGAACCAAAGACGGUCGCCCCUGAGGAAGAAAAUACCCAACAGGAAGGGCUCCUGGUGGCGUCGAACUGGAGGCAGCCACCGCCGGGUGACAGACCGAGUGCCGGGUACAGCCCCAGACACCACGCGCAUCUUAACUGGGCCCUCGAUGCCUCAAGACAGUGAGCGAAUCAUGUGGCAGUUCCCACAGCCAAGACACCGAGCACGAUGGGUACCUCCUGCCCGGGCUCCUGCCCACUGUGUACGCUGUGACACUGUGUACGCUGUGACACUGUACGCUGUGACGUGUGCUGGUACGUCAAGGAGACCCGGCCACCGUGGGCUGGGAGGAGGGCUCUGUGCUUGGAGCCUGUCUGCGGGGUCUGUUCUGGAAGCUGAAAUUUGGUGGUGACCCCCCCAAAAGGGAAGUUUGUUUCAAGAUACACUUCCUCCUACCUCACGGAAGCUGGGCGAGAAACCAGAGGUGGAGCACAAAUUCCAGCUCCUCUGAUAUUUUGCCAGUGGGCAGCCUCUAUUCUCUGGCCCUUAAGCAGCCCACCCCUCUCAGACAGCCCGGAGAGGGAGGUGAUGGAGACCAGCUGACAGGGAGGAAGAGAAAGACCUUCCCAGGGUGUGUUUUAGCUGCUGUUCCCAGGGAGCCACAGUGCAUGGUCCCACGGUGCUGGGGUGAGGGCCCCUGAGGACCGUUGGAAGGACAGUAAUGCCCCGAGUCCAGGAGGGAUGUGAGGGGGUCCCUGGCAGCCCUCCCAGUCUGUGGUGCUGAACGGCAGCCGGACCGUUUGUGAAGCCGUAGCUGGGCUUUGCGUUUGCACACUGCCUUGCACUUUUACUCCAAGGAGGAUUGCUCUGUAGUCAGAUCGUGGGAAUGCUGGGCAUUCGUUUUUCAUCUGAGGACUCCCUUCUCCACCAGCAAACGCCCUGAUCGCCCUUCUCUCCUGUCCUGAUGAGAGCGCCCAGAUUCCUGCCUGCUCUGCAGGGAUGGCAGGGGAAGCGGAGUGGCGGACUCCCAGUCGGAGCAGCUGGAGCCAGAGGCUGUCAGAGGCGGGAGAAAGCCCCUAGUGUGGGCGCUGCCGCUCAGUCCAAGUUCCCGUGAUGCGAACCAGGCCCCCCCGGAGGACGCCCCGCAAACUUUCCGCUGAGUGCCUAGCAGCAGCUUCCUGCUCUGCGGGGAGUUCCCCCAGACCCCGACGGAGGCACGGAAAAUUGAUCGGUGGCAUUAACCGGCGAGGAGAGAGCAGGAGAGCCAGGCGGAGAAGCUGCGGAGCUGAGUGUUUGGCGUAGCAGUCCCCUCCCUUCUGACGGGAGUAUUAAUUGCUACAUUACCACUGCCAUGUAAGAAAGACAGUCAGCAAAGCCUGGGAGAGCGCCAGCUCCUCCCUCCCCGCUCUGCUCCGCUUCACUCCCCUCCUCGGUGCCCUCGGCGCGCCCCGUGCCGAGCAGCGCUGUCCGAACCCUGGCAUCCCGAGGUCCUCCUGUGGGUCGGACCUGAGUGGAGGGAAGGACGGAGGAAGGGAGCCGACAUCGUGCCCGGCAGGCUCUCUGGAUGCAGAAGCCAGACUCACUGCAGAGACAGCUGUGCUGUUCCGGGAGCCUCUGGGGUGCGUCCCUGCCUCAGGGUUCACCCGGGCGGGCUCCGGGCUCAGGGGGCACGGGACGUGGACGCCUUCCCUUCUGGGUACUGACAGCAGAGCCCGUGUUCCCUCUGCCACCACCAUGAGCGGCUGCUCCAAAAGGUGCAAGCUUGGGUUCGUGAAAUUUGCCCAGACCAUCUUUAAGCUCAUCACCGGGACCCUCAGCAAAGAUAAGAUCGAAGAUGAGUUGGAAAUGACCAUGGUCUGCCAUCGGCCUGAGGGACUGGAGCAGCUCGAGGCCCAGACGAACUUCACCAAGCGGGAGCUACAAGUCCUUUAUCGCGGCUUCAAAAACGAGUGCCCCAGCGGCGUGGUCAACGAGGAGACAUUCAAACAGAUCUACGCACAGUUUUUCCCUCACGGAGACGCCAGCACGUACGCCCAUUACCUCUUCCACGCCUUCGACACCACCCAGACUGGCUCUGUCAAGUUCGAGGACUUUGUAACCGCGCUGUCCAUUUUACUGAGGGGAACCGUCCACGAGAAGCUGAGGUGGACGUUUAAUUUGUACGACAUCAAUAAAGACGGAUACAUAAACAAAGAGGAGAUGAUGGACAUCGUCAAAGCCAUCUAUGACAUGAUGGGCAAGUACACCUAUCCUGUGCUCAAAGAAGACACUCCAAGGCAGCACGUGGACGUCUUCUUCCAGAAAAUGGACAAAAACAAAGAUGGGAUCGUGACUUUGGACGAAUUCCUUGAAUCCUGUCAGGAGGACGACAACAUCAUGAGGUCCCUCCAGCUGUUCCAAAACGUCAUGUGACUGCGGACACAGCCAUCCGGCUGUCGGAGACCUUGGAUGAAGCCCACGUCUGAACACCUUGAUCUGCCCCCUCCCAGUCUCACACACUGACUCCUGGGCAGAGAGGCCUUCUCCACUUGGGAAGAAGCCUUCGCCGAGGACCUCCCGUGGAGCCCGGCACCACGCGGCUGGGUCUCUGACGGCCAGCUCUCCCUCCUCCCUCUCCCGGAGAGAGACCAGACGACAUUGGAAGCAUGCUCCUCGCCCCACGCGGCCGCCCCGAGAACGGCCCCUCUGCUUCAGCUUAGUAGUGCACACCUGUCCGCCCGCCCCUCCACGGAUCUGGAAGCAAGGCAACCUGAGCCAAAUGCACUCCAUCUUCAGCCGGCCUCCCAAACCGACGUGCCUGUUGCCCUUCCUUCCUUCAGUGGGAAGAGUGAGUGUUGCACCGAACAACCUGAAUCUACCACGACCCAUGGGGAGUGCGAGCACCUAACCUACCUGCCUGUGUGGAUAGGACUGAGUUACCAAGCGUGGCGUGGCCCGAUGACCCAAACUGCCCACGUCCUUUGUUCCCAGAGGCCAGGACCGAUGCUUCUCUCUCACACCAGCGUCUGUGCUGGCGGUACAAACCCCUUAACUGCCCGGGACGGGCACCAGCGCCCUGUGACCCAUGUCUCCACGCCAUCUCCCGCUAGAGCUCAGCACCGCAUGUCCCUUCCAGAAAGCCCCAAAUGCCUGCAAAUCGCUGUAAUUUUAUACCAUCUUCUAAUCAAUAAACAGAAUUAUUUCUUACA